GGGCGAACACGACGCGCGGCACGUCGCUCGUUAGCCCGCGGCGGCGUCGUGAGCCACCGUCCCCACGCGCUGCGCUCGCGGAGGUAGGGCGUUCGCUUUCCGUUUGCUCCGAGGGCAUCGCUUGACGUACGUCUUCGAACAGUUUUGUGCGCGCUCAGCUACAACGGAUGUGUGCGUGGGUUUCAUGUGCAACUAAGCAAGGGGGCAGUGCAUCUUCUUACCACAUCUCCGAUUGUUAGCGGUGCUGUGCAUUGUGGAACUUUGCUUUCAGGCAAGGCAAACUGGUAUCAAAUCCAAGGAUAAUCCUGCAAAGACGUCUGUACUUCUUUUUUGCCUUUGAUUCAUCGUUGCCAGAGAUUUUAGCAGGAGAACCCUGGUUGUAAUCGCCGGCGUAUUGCACAGAGUUAUUUGUCUUUGCACGUGGGUUCCAGGUGUUCGUGCGACUAUUUCACUUGUUAAUCAUGACUUCCGAAAUUGUUUACGCUUUUCUAUGCAUGCAUUCAAUAUAUUUAUUGUGAAAGAGAUCGCAGUCGACCAUAGUGUCUGCCAAGUUGCAUUCUUCGGAGUAGUCCAGGAAAGAAAAUCGAACGGGGAGGAGCAGCACCACAGCGCAAUGGGAGUAGGUUAGGCAGUGCUCUGCACCACGUGGUUAGCGCCGGUGUGGCGGAACCAUCGCCGAAUUUGACGGGAGCGCUCUCCUGCCACGUUUGUCGUCCAGAACGUUGUUAAGAAGCAACUGCACCUCUAUUUCCCUAAUGGUCGAUCUUGUUUUUCAAAAGGCAGCCUCAGUUGUGACAGUACAGCUGCGCUGGCUCUUGUCAAGAAGCUACUUGACAACGCGAACGCGUUGUUUACGAAUCAGCGGAUACUGUUCUAAGGAUAGAUGUCAACAUCUUUCGUAAGCAUUGAAAACGACCGUUUGCAACAAGUCACGAGGCCGCUACUGUGCUGGGAUGUACUUCGUGCAUCCAAAACCGCUUUUGGAGUCUGAAGCAAGCGACAAAAAGAAAACUUCCGGCAGUAGCGUGAAUCCCUGAACAGUGGCAUCCUUCAACGAAGCGUUCUCCGUAGUGUCUCUAGUUUCUACCACCGACAGUGCGGCGACGUUUCGGCUCCGCUUUUCGUUCUCCUCCGAGAGAUGGCAUUCGUGUUGUUGGAAGCGUCGGAGAAACCGGGCCUCGUGGAGCGCACGCCCGCCGCUCACGACGGAUGAUGCCGGCAGCUGGGGCGUCGCGGCGAAGCGGGACAGCGGUCUGUGGCCGAACUGACGAGUACACGUGCUUGCCGGCGCUCCGCAGGACUCGACAGUGGUCCGCGCUGGUGGCAGCGACGGCGUCGGUGCUGCUGCUGGUGCCUGUGCCGCAGCAGCCGGCAACCGCCGCUGGACUGCCAAUGCCCACAGAGCCUCUGUCCACGAGUUGGCUUGCCAGGACCCGUAGGGACGAGAACGAGGGGAUCGAGAACAGACAUCGCACCGCGAGUGUGGGCUUCUACAUUGGCGACCCGUGCAAUCUGACAUGCAGCAGCGUUCUGUACCACGUGUUCUGCAACGUCACUUCUCGACGCUGCGAGUGCAGGCCGGAGUAUCCUGUCAACAUCGACAACAGACAGUGCGUCAAAGCUUCGUCGCUGGGCGGCCACUGCGACUACGACGAGGCGUGUGCCUUUUCGGUGACUCACUCGUCCUGCCAGAGCAACGAGUGCCGCUGCCUCGAUGGACACGAGCCCGAUGCGCACGCCACAAAGUGCACGCCCACUCGCGGUGUGGCCAUUCUGGAGAAUGCCGAACUGACGACCAUGGUGAGCGUCAUCGUGGCGCUGAUGGUGUUCACGGCGCUCUUCUGCCUCGUCCUUAGGCUCUUCAGCAAAGCCCGUUUCGGCACAUCCGGGCGCGAUCGCAUGGGUGAUGCUGCCUCGCCGUCCCCGGGACCCGCCGUGCUCAGCUCUGUGGACGGGUCCCUGGCUCAGCCACCGGGCGCCAAGGGAGGAGGACCCGGAUCACGGCGCACUUCACGCAACUCGGUGGACUACGCGGCCUCGCGUCGGGCUAGUUACGGCAUGCUCGCGCCGCCUGCGGACUCACAGAGCUGUUCCCGCCGCGCAAGCGGCUCCUCGGUCAGGUCGCAGGCCUCGCAGCGGUCGGCGGCUUCCAACAGGAGCGGCUCGCUGUCCAGGGUCGGCUCCAGGCAGGCCCCGGCCGCGGCUAAGGGCGCCGAGAGUUCGGCCGUCGCCUCCGCUGCUGCGCCCUCCGAGGCCUCGUGUACCGAGGACGAGGACGACCGGGUCCCACCGGCGCCCCCGCCGGCCACCGUCGGAGGCCAGCAGAGGAAGCCGCCGCACGAGCCCGUGCGCAGGGCCGCCUCGUCACCGAUGGACGCGGUGCGCCCAGACCCUGAACAGCCCAUCACGCGACCGCUCAGGUCGCCCCUGUCACAAGACGUGCGCGACAAGGAUGUCACCGGCUACGCAACGGCUCCAAGUUUAGAAUAACCUGCAGUACACUACGUCUGAAGAGUCGUAGCGUAUAGAGGUGCAGCCAGUGACGAUGCGAGAGCGUGACGGCGGACUAGCGACGCAAAGUGUCGCGGAUUGGGCCGUCCGACGUCAGCAAGAUCUGCAAGCACAUGCGCACUUAGUGCCACGCGAGAGUUCGUCCACGUAGAGACUGUAGAACCUGCACGACCUAGAAGAGUAGCGUGGCAGCGUUAACAUACCUUGAAGAAAGUGACGAUGAAGUUGUCGACGGCGAUACGAAUCACGUGAUCAACAUAACGCGCGAGAACCAGUGAAAGUAACAGAUGACGCUGCGAUGCUUACGCUGAGCCGCGCGUGCACGAGCGGGUGCGCCGACGUGUAUGGAGGUGUGUAAUGGAUUGCGUUGAUUGCGAGUGGCUGUUCCGAGCCACCGUGCUUUGUUAUUUCCCUUAAUUAACGAAUGAUCGAGAAGUAGAUGUCGCUUUAAUACAGAACACUCAUACAUACGGCGACACAGAAGAGCAGUUGAGGACGGCUGAUUCAUGAAGUUGCAUUUCGAAAGAUUUUCCGCAAAUAGCGACAAUUCUAGCGACAUGGCUGUGCAGGUUUGAGCACGAAAGUGUAGUUAUAACGUUAGUGCGGUGCGCGAAAUCACCGCUUUUUCUUCGAUCAAGUACACUCGGAGGCAUGGGGGAUGAAUACAUCUAUUCGUCAUCUCUGCAACUACUGACACGUACGUCAGCGCUGGCUAAAGAGAAAUGACCAGUUGACUUUAGACUAGUUGCCCCUUACAUAACGUACAACGGCAUGGUGACAGACGAGAUUGUGUGCGGAGCUAGUACGCCGUGCUUUGCAACACUACACUUGACUGUUCCUAACCACGCAAACCUACGCGAAAUCACCCACCUGCUUAUUUUUCAGAAAAAAAAGGUUAACCACACUCCGCUUCUGUGCACCAGGGCGCCUUGCAAAAGUUAUUUUGACAGAUAUAAGUUUAAGAAGCAACACUUCUAUACGCGUUCCGCCUAGCAACACUUUUAAUACUGUGAAGUCUCAGCUAUGCACAACUCCCACAUUUGUUUGCGUUUAAUUCAUCGCCAUCAGAACGCUUCAAGAAAAGAAAACAAAAGACACCAGUCAAGAUGAAGAAUUUGCAAAAACUUGACUUCUUUGCACCGACUUGAAAGCGUUGCUAGUGGUACGAACUCACUACGAACAAGGCUUUCGUGUGGGGCCUAAGAUAUCUCGUUUUAUGUGGUUUUCUCUUGCAUUUUGAACAGAACUUAUCUUACUUGAUUCACUGUUGUUCCUGAGCAAGCAAUGUUUCGUCGAGCUCACAGCUUUAAAUUUCACACAAUUCUGUUUUUUUUUUUCCUAAUAAACCUGGCUAAAGCCAGCAAAAACAAGAACCAUAAUUUGAAUACUAGUCACAGAUGUUCGUUCGUCAGCUUCUUUUUCUUUCCAGCUCUGCCUGUUCGGAAAAUCUGUUUCUAUCAAAUGCGGAUGGUUUCUGUAAUUUGAAGCACACUGUUGAUAAACAUUGUCCGGAACAACGAC